AUGUCAUUCCUACCGAGCAGCCUCGACAAGGAGUGCGACAGGGCAGCACGGAUUCUGAAGAGCUUCACCGGCGUCUCUGGCACACCCACGUCUGCCGGGAAGGGCAAAGCCAAGAUCCCCACGACCGUCAUCGCCAACGCCAAGGGCCUCGCCAUCUUCACAGGCUUCCGCGCGGGGAUGUGGCUGUCCGGCGCCGGCGGGUCCGGCAUCGUGGUGGCGCGCCUGCCCGACGGCACGUGGUCGCCGCCGUCGGGCUUCACGGUGCGCUCGGGCGGCAUGGGCAUCGUGUUCGGCGUCGACGUCUACGACUGCGUGUGCGUGCUCAACACCCCGGCGGCCGUCGAGGCCUACACGCGGCCCCGCCUGGCCAUCGGCAGCGAGGUCACGGCCGCGGCCGGGCCGCUCAACGCCAAAAUGGACGCCGUCAGCGACGUCAAGCCGGUGUGGACCUACACCAAGUCGCGUGGCAUUUGGGGUGGGGUCACGCUGGAUGGCACGGCGAUUAGUGUGCGGCCGGAUGCGAAUGCGGAGUUUUAUGGCGAGCCUAAGAUCAGCAUCGAGCGUAUUCUGAGGGGCGAUGUUCCGGCUGCUGCGCCGGCUGCUGCGGCCGGGAAGACGAAGGUCGUUAUGUGGCCCGCGGGCGCGAAAAAGCUUACGGAGGUUCUUAAGGCAUCCGAGGGCAAGGUCGCUGAUGUGAGUGUGAUGGGUGCGCUUGGUGACGAGCCGACGGCUGGUGAUCUGGGGGUUGUUCCGGACUCGUAG